AUGGAGAACCUAAUUGCUGGUAAAGUAUGCUUUCAUAACUGUGGAACCUUUCUGAAGGAGAUGUCUGCAACGUCCAAUCUUCCGAUCAUAGAUCUCUCCUCACUUCAUCGGCUUUCCACUGUCCAUUCCAUCCGCCAGGCCUGCAUUGAAUAUGGUUUCUUUUACCUAGUCAACCACGGCAUGGAGAAUGAUCUGGCCAAAGCCUUUGAUGAGAGUAGAAGAUUCUUCUCUCUUCCCCUCCAAGAAAAAAUGAAGUUGGCCCGCAAGGAAAAUAGAGGUUAUAGUCCUCUGGAUCCUACUUUAGUCCCCAAAGGUGAUUCAAAAGAGUUCUACUAUAUUGGUCCUUUAGCAGAUUCAACAAGUGCUUAUCUGAAUCAAUGGCCUUCAGAAGAGUUACUUAGAAAUUGGAGACCUUCAAUGGAAUCCUUGUAUUCGAAAUUCUUUGGAGUUGGAAAAAAGUUGUUAUCUCUAAUUGCCCUUUCCUUGAAUCUGGACGAGGAUUUCUUCGAGAAGAUAGGUGUCAUAGAUAAACCAGGAGCUUUUCUUCGCCUUUUGCACUAUCCAGGUGAAAUGGGACCUCACGAAGAGAUAUGUACUGCUCAUUCAGAUUUUGGUACACUCACCCUUCUAUUGACUGAUGGAGUCCCAGGACUGCAGAUCUGCCGGGACAAUUUAGAGGAACCGCAAGUGUGGGAAGAUGUGCCUCAUAUGGAGGGGGCCUUUAUUGUGAACAUAGGAGACUUGAUGGAGAGGUGGACAAAUUGUUUAUACCGGUCAACAAUGCAUCGAGUUAUCCAAACUGGCAAAGAACGUUAUUCGAUGGCAUUCUUCUUAGACCCACAUCCUGAUUGUGUAGUGGAAUGCCUUGAAAGUUGCUGUAGCGAAUCAACUCCUCCAAGAUUCGCUCCAAUCCGCAGUGGAGACUAUAUGAAUGAGCGUUUCAAAAUGCAAUCAGCUUGA